AUGCUCUCUGAUGAACGUCUGUCGAUUCUCUAUGACUGCGCAACGACUUCGAAACGGCUCCCAUUCGAUUUCGCUGACGAUCAGACCGAUUUGAGCACGAUCAUCAAGUACGGUAAGGUUUCUAAAUACGGGCGAAACGUUUUUAAUCAUUUUUUGUACAGGUGAGCUUUUCAAAGCUUGUCAUUCGAGCAGUUCCACCGAAAUCAUUCAGAAGACGGAGGAGAUCAACGAAACGGAAAAAGAACAUUUGCAGAAGAUUGUCGCUGAAAAGUUGAGAGAAGCGGCGAAAAACGAGGACAAAGUUGAAUGGAAUGUGAACAUUGGUAAAUAACUGAAAAACAAAACAAGUACUUCAUAUCUGAGGGUUUUCAGUGGUCGGCAACUCGCACGUGGCCAAGAGUCUCCGGCCAGUCAUCAACAUCCGAAUGCCAACGAACGAAGGCCAGCAGCUGGAAUUCGACAUCGACUCCUUCUCACAAUUCCGUCAGCAACUCGCAAGGGCCGUCUUGGCUGUCAACCCACAAGAAUGA